ACUUCUGCGAUCCAGGUCCGGGUCAUCGCUUCCCCGCUGCUGGCCCGGUCUCUCCAGGCUUCUUUCCCUCCCCAGGUUCUGGCUCCAGGCAGCAGAACUGGGUCUGGAGAAACCCUGCGGUCAGGCUCCCAAAGGCCACCCGCUCCCCUCCUGUGGCCACCCUACAGGGGCACGCCACCCUACAGGGGCACGCCUCCCGCAGCCCGCGAUCCUAGCUCUAAGAGAGAGAACUUGAGGGCAAGAAUCUGACUUCCCUCUUCAUUAAAUAUAUAAAUAAAUACAUAAAUACAUAAAAUCCUUUCCCUGGGAAGCUCGGAAGCUCGGCAAGGAGUUUGGAGACGGGCGCCCCCUCAUCACGCGUCCAGGAGCAAAGUUGCAGCUGCCCCUCCCUGCCGGCCAUACCAGCAGGCUCUCCAGUUUCAUCCUGGUGGCAGCACUGCGGGGCAGGGUCCCAGCUCCAUCUGGGGACUGCGCUUCCCGCAGCCUUGGCACAGGCUGGCGGCGCUCGGCGGCCCCGUGACUCGGAAGGGCGAGCCACUUCCAAGGAGGAGGCUGGAGGGAGCGAGCAGCAGGAGGACAAGCGAACCAAGCCAGGUUUUUGAGCCCGAUGACCUUUAUUCAGGGGCCAAUUUCUCCAAAGUUCUGAGCACUCUUUUAGCUAUCAACAAAGCAACAGAAGAUCAGCUAUCAGAAAGACCAUGUGGACGGUCGUCUUCUCUUAGCGCUACAGCUACCAACAGUGCCCCACCAAACCCGCAGACAACAGUUCCCAGCACCACUCCAGCACAGCAAAGUCAGGCAAAGGCAGUGGAAAUGACGGAAAAUGGAAGUCACCAGUUGAUAGUAAAGGCGAGAUUCAACUUCAAGCAGACUAACGAAGAUGAACUGUCAGUGUGUAAAGGCGACAUCAUUUAUGUCACUCGAGUUGAAGAAGGAGGCUGGUGGGAAGGCACAUUAAAUGGGAGAACAGGAUGGUUCCCUAGUAAUUAUGUCCGAGAAAUUAAACCCAGUGAGAGACCUCUGUCCCCUAAAGCUGUCAAAGGAUUUGAUGCCGCUCCACUUACCAAGAAUUACUACACUGUGGUGUUACAGAACAUCUUGGAUACUGAAAAAGAAUAUGCCAAAGAACUUCAGUCGCUUCUGGUUACUUACCUAAGACCCUUGCAGUCUAAUAACAACCUUAGUACUGUGGAGUUUACUUGUUUAUUGGGAAACUUUGAAGAAGUAUGCGCCUUCCAACAGACACUCUGCCAAGCCUUGGAAGAAUGUUCAAAGUUUCCAGAAAACCAGCACAAAGUAGGAGGCUGUCUACUGAACCUCAUGCCUCAUUUUAAAUCGAUGUACCUGGCUUACUGUGCAAAUCAUCCUUCAGCAGUCAACGUGCUCACUCAGCACAGUGAUGAUCUAGAACGAUUCAUGGAAAAUCAAGGUGCAGCCAGCCCAGGUGUCCUCAUUUUAACGACAAGCCUCAGCAAGCCAUUCAUGCGACUGGAGAAGUAUGUUACUCUCUUGCAAGAGCUGGAGCGACAUAUGGAGGACACUCAUCCGGACCAUCAAGACAUUCUGAAAGCAAUCAUAGCAUUCAAAGCACUCAUGGGGCAGUGCCAAGACCUGAGAAAGAGAAAACAACUGGAAUUGCAGAUCCUUUCGGAACCUAUUCAGGCAUGGGAAGGAGACGAUAUUAAGAGCCUGGGGAAUGUGAUCUUCAUGUCGCAAGUGAUGGUGCAGUACGGAACCUGUGAGGAAAAAGAAGAGCGAUAUUUUAUGCUGUUUUCAAAUGUCUUGAUAAUGUUGUCUGCAAGUCCUCGGAUGAGUGGCUUUAUCUAUCAGGGAAAAAUACCGGUAGCAGGGAUGGUGGUGAAUAGAGUAGAUGAAAUUGAAGGGAAUGACUGCAUAUUUGAAAUCACAGGUAACAUGAUAGAGAGAACUGUGGUCUAUUGCAACAAUAGCCAGGACUUCCAGGAAUGGCUGGAGCAGCUGAACAGACUGACCAGAGGACCAGCCUCUUCCAGCUCAUUGUCUAAGACCUCGUCAUCAUCCUGUAGUGGGCAUUCUUCUUUUAGCUCUACUGGACAGCCCCGAGGACCCUUGGAGCCUCCUCAAAUUAUAAAACCGUGGAGUUUAAGUUGCCUACGACCUGCACCUCCACUUAGACCAUCAGCAGCACUAGGUUAUAAAGAGAGGAUGUCUUAUAUCUUAAAGGAAUCUAGUAAGAGCCCCAAGACAAUGAAGAAGUUUCUUCACAAAAGAAAGACAGAGAGAAAAGCCUCUGAGGAAGACUACGUGAUUAGGAAAAGUACGGCUGCUCUGGAAGAGGACGCUCAGAUUCUUAAAGUGAUUGAAGCCUACUGCACCAGCGCCAGUUUUCAACAAGGCACUCGGAAAGAUUCUGUCCCACAAGUGCUACUCGCUGAGGAAGAGAAACUCAUUAUUGAAGAAACCAGAAGUAACGGGCAGACCAUCAUCGAAGAAAAGAGCCUUGUUGAUACUGUGUAUGCCUUGAAGGAUGAGGUCAAAGAACUGAAGCAGGAGAAUAAGAGAAUGAAGCAAUGCCUAGAAGAAGAACUGAAGUCGAGGAAGGACCUAGAAAAACUGGUCCGGAAGCUGUUGAAGCAAACCGAUGAGUGCAUUCGAGCUGAAACCAGCAGCAAGACCUCAGUUCUCCCAUAACCGUCACUGUGCAGCUGAGCACUCAUUGAAAUAGCCAGCUGAAUUUGACUGUGCCCUUCAGCUUUUUCUUUGUGUUUCUCUCUCCCUCUCCCUCUCUCCCUCCCUCUCUCUCUCUCUCUCUCUCUCUCUCUCUCUCUCUCUCUCUCUCUCUCUCUCUCUCUCUCUCUCUCUGCUUGAGUGUUUGUUACUUGGUUAUCAGUUGAUUGAUAUUUGUUUUAACAGGGGAAGCAACCUGGGGUGGUGAUAAAGUGGCCCCAAUACUUUGCUAUGCCCAACAGUCCUUUACUACCUAAUUCGCUGAAGGCAAAGCUUCCCAGGCUACGUCUAGAGUAGGUGACAGUGAAGGCCUUUGCCCAAUGCUCCAGCUGUACUUUUCUGGAUUGUCACAUGGCUCCCUUCCAUACUUUAACAAUCAUUGCCCUGCGUUGUCUGUUAAGACCAAGAACAGUGUAGGAUCCUCAUUCCCUUUACGCUGGUGUACAUUUCAAUCAGUGGGAUAGGAACUCCAACUGUCCAUCAGCAAACUGCUUCCGGCAAUCCCCCCUUAGCAGCAGGGCAGAGCAGCUAUUCCUAGUGCACCGUAGCUUGACAGCCCAGCCUUCCGCCUCUACGUAAGUUUUCUACCUCCCCACUCCACCCCUGUGCUUUUAGGCAGCCAUACCCAGUGGUGUGUAAACUAGUGCGGGCGCGCUUUGCUUAUUUUGUCAGCUACAACAAGCAGCGACUUUACCUUGACUACUCAUACUACAACCUUUUCCUCUUUCUAAACCUGGGUGACAAAGACGCCAUGUACACACCUUCCACCCUGUCUUAUCGAGCCCUGGUUUCUGCAGUGAAGCUGAUUGUCUGAAACUAGUUUUCUCAAGUUGGGCAUAAUGCUGAACCAUUGGCUUUGUAAGUAGUCCAGAAAGCUGAACUAUGAGAAAGCAGAUUUAGAAGAGAGCCCCAGAAGAAGAUUGUACACCUAAAUUCAACACAAGUCAAAAUGGUCCAAGGAGACAGGAUGGGGUAGAGCAGAACUUGUCCACCUCCUCAGAUGGCAGGGCAACUUGACCAGGUGGCGAAGUCACUUUAAAGAGAGACUGAAAGCCAACAAAGUCUUCUAUGUAUGUGUGGUGCAUGCCUGUAAGUGCUGUUUCAAAACCAAACUCGAGGCCUAAUUUCUUGUUGAGUUCUUUGCUUUCUGGAAUGGAGGCUCUCACAGUUUCCAUGAUUUCAUGGUACAGGGCAUUAUCUCCUGCUACAUGAACAGCAGUAUAGCAUCCACAGGAAAUGGAGAAUUCCUGAAGUCCACCCUCAGAUGCUUGUACACACAGCCGUCUUCGGCAGCGUGAGUGAGGGUUUCUAAGAAUGACUGGCCUGUUUCUAAGCCCUGCGAUUUCUAUGAGACAUCUUUCAUGUAAAAAUUUAAAAUAUGAAACAGUAGCAAUCCAGAUGUUCACAUGUGUUUUGUCUGUGUUUAGUCAAUAGUUUGCAAACCAUGUGCACAUUUUAAACUUUAGUGAUUACCAAUAAUUUAGCUGAUUGCUUAGGACAUUGAAAGGUAUCUAAAAGGAUGUGUACAUAUGCAUGUUUGGGGACUUCGCCCUUCCGAGGAGAGGCCCUUGGUACUUGGGAUAACGAAACUUGUGCAGUGGGCUGCCCGCGCUUACACACUAAAUAAUAUAAAGGAAAUGAAGCCAUGUUAACCUGACAGCUGUGUCUCAGUAGUUGUGUUGUUUACAAUACUCUAUAAAUGGGUUCCUGUUCCUCUGUAAUUAAACUGCUGCCCUUAGAGGCCUUUCAGUUUCUUCUCUGUCAUGUCCCUUCUUACAGGAGCUCAGAUUUUCUAAACUUGUUUUUAUUUUAAAGACUUUUAAAAUGGAACAUUUUCAAUAAACAAGAAUAAACAAUGCUUUAUAAAUAAGACCAAUAGUUUAUUUUUUUU